CACCUUUUUAUCACAAAAUGAAAAUAACUAAUAUUUCUAAUUUUUUGACAUAAAUUACAUACUCUUUGAGUCGACCUGCCCCGACCCACGCCACCGUAAUAAAUUACCCGACCUGCCAUAGGACGGAUAUGGAUAUCGAGAUACCUGCCCCGGACCUGCCCAUUGCCAUUCCUAGAAAAAUGUCAAAUCUGACUCGACCUAGUUUCAUUACAAACUGUAAAGUAUAAACCGAUAGGUGAAGAUUGAUUACCUCAUAGAUAACAAAAGCGUGCAUGAACCAUAAUUGUCUUCACGACAUAUUUGACAAAAGCCAUAUGGUCAUAUUCACAUGAUUAGUUUUUCGCCGUCUGAAAUGAUGAGAUUAAAACAUUUACACAAAGGACAGGUAAGCAGUUUCUUCAUUUCUUGAACUGAUAUUUGCAUUACUAUUGUCAAAAUUAACGUCAACAAUCAGAUUUUGAUCUGCCUCCCUCCCAUCAGGGAUGGCAACGGUUCAUAUUGGAUAGUGAUUAUUCAUUACUCUACUCUAAUUGGUUCGGGUUUUAUUGAUAGUCAUAUUCGUGCAUGAUUUGUGUAGAUAAUUACAACCAUGCGCAUACUCAAUCGGGUUUUGGUUCGGGUUUUAUUGAUAAUCAUAUUCUACACAAAUAAUAGUGAUUAUUCAUUACUCUACUCUAAUUGGUUUGGGUUUUAUUGAUAGUCAUCUUCUCAGUUAUUGUGUCACUCAUAAUAAAUAUAGUAACAUUACAUAAGCGGAAAAUUAUAAGUAAUAAAUCACAAAUACUAAGGGAAAUAAUAAUAUUAAAAAAAAACACUUGUUCCUGAGAUGCUACAAAUAUACUAGAAAUAGUGAAUAUGUUAAAAUAAAAAAAUGAAGAUUUAUACAAAAUAUGUUGUAUGCAUGCAUAAUUGGGCGGGUUUGGAUUGAAUAUUGAGAAAAUCAUACCCGUCUAUUAUCCAUAAUAUUCAAGUUCGAAUUUUAUCCAUACUACAAUAUAAUUUAUAUUAACUGAAUUACACCUUACCCGAUCGAAUCGGAUUCGAUCGAUUAUUCAAAAUUAUUAAUAUUUUUGUCAUCCCUAUCUCGCACCACAGUUCCCUCCCCAAAAAACCACACCUGUACAACUAAAACACGCCUCCAUGUCUCGCCGACGGCGCCGAGAGAGCGAUUGUCUCUUUGUUGUCGUUGUCCUUUUUUUUUUCGAGUGCUUAAUUUUUCCUCCAAAUACAUCCUUAAUAAUUAGUCCUAAAAUGUAUCGAAAAACAUCCUGCCGAAAAACAAUACACAAAUGUGGCAUGUGAUGGUGGGCAUGAUUAGCUGGUUGAUUGGCAUCCCACCACCAUUUCCAUGUUUCAAUUUCUUAAGACACAUUAGCCCUCCACAUUCCCAACCCCACAAAAUUCAUUUCUAGUAGGAUUUUUGCCCUAAUUAGUUAAACCCGCGUUCCCUAUUUAAUUUACUUCAUUCUGACAUUCUCUAACACAACUCCUUAUAUGAAAUGCAACUCAUGGGCUGAGAGUUUGCACAUGCCCACCAUACAUUGUGUUUAGAUCAAUUGUUAAUAAUGAGGUCGUAGAGAUUCGAACACACGACUGCUUGGUCAAACCAAUUCUCAUACUAUGUCGUGAACCAAUAUGUCUUUUGUUCGAAUAUCCAUGUUAGAAACCCUCUUCUAGGGUCUCUCGAUUCUGAUCUUCGGCACCGAGCAAGUACUUGUAACAAAUAGGGAUUUAGGGAAAUUGGGAAUAAAGAAUUGAGGAUUUAGAGAGAAAGAGCAUAAUAGAAUCAAGAAUCGGCCGAUGCCUUGGAAUGGGGAAGAAGAGAAAUUGGGUUUGAGAGAGGUGGUUUAGAAGAGAUACUUUGUUUAAUACUUUUCUCCCCUGAUUAUGACAAAAACCGAAAGUACAUAUUUAUAGAAAAAUACGAGAAAACUCUAAUAAUAAUAUUCCUGAUACGACUAAAUCUCUACAAACCAUAAUUAUAAUUAUCCUACUAAUAAAUGAUAAGAGAAACCCCAAAAGGCGGGUUUCUAACAAUCCCCCCCCCCCCCCCCCCCCCCCCCCCCGCCACCCAUUUGUUCGAACCUCUGUAAAAUUCAAACCCUAAUAAGCGAUUUUCGUGAUUUUCGUUUAGUAUGUGAUAUAAAAUCCAUUGUUGAACCUCUCCCAACGACUCAAGUUAUUGGAAUCAACUAAUUCUUAACCGGCAAUGAGCAAAAUGUGUGGAGGGAAGAUACAUGAAGAAUGGUAGCUAGGUUUGCUGUGGGCUGGCUGAUUUGAAUAAAAUGGAUAGAUUGGUCACAUAAGAAGAUUGAAGAGAUUAGUCAGAAGGGUUGGUGAGGAGCCUUCCUCUAGCUGUUAAUACAAUAGAGUUAGUGCAGCGCAGUGCAGUCAGGCUCAGGCCACACCAAAACAAAAGAAAUGCUGCUGCAAAUUGCAACGUGGAAGCGAGUACUGCUGCAGCUUCAAUCUUUUGCCAUCGUGCAUAGCUGUAUAAUUUCUACUCUCUUUUCACCUUUUCUUUUCAUUUCUUCCCCCCAAAUCUUCAACAUCAUUGUUUUCAAUUAAUAAAAGGACCUACCUGCUGCAGAAUGCAGAAGCUUGCAACACAGACAGUUUACUCAUUAGUACACAGUAGUAUUUCCAAUGAGCUGCUGUUAAAAGAAGAAGAAAAAAAAAAAACUUCAACUCUAGUUAGGUAAUUUAAGUUGGCAGGUUUUCUAUAUGCUUAAUGUUAUGUAAAGUUGUUCACGGUCUGAAAUAAUGGAAACACAUAUGCAAUCCUCUCUUCGUGAGUAAUUGUAUUCAUUUUUAGUAUACAAGGUUACAGAGUAAUUCCUCCCAAGAUAAAAAUGAUGUACACUUUCGACGGAGUGUUACCUCAAACCCCAGAAAACAACGAGCGCAAACGAACCGCACUGGCUGAGAAAGAAAACAAUUCUUGUCUUUUUUCUGUCUACAAAACCAGAGGGGUUUGGUGCUAUUUGUAGAAAAUGAAGGGGUGUGCAUACGAAGGGAAGCUACUCUUUGAGUGGGUGGUCGUACCCCAACCAUUGCAUUGGUUCAUUUAAAACUUUUCCAACCAAUGCAUAAGUUCUGCUUGGUUCAAAUCGAUUUGGGUUGAUUACACCAACCAAUCUACCCUCUUAUCUAGAUAUUUAAGCAAACAACCCGAAUCUGAGGCCUCCUUCAUAUAUCUCACAAAUAUGAUUUUAUAAGAGCUUUUCUCUUGGCUCCUUUGCCUUUCAUUCUUAUUCAUACCAUUCAAAAUUCCAACACAUAUGUGAAUACUCUUCCACCUAACCGAAUCCACAUCCUCGAUCUUAUUUCAUUUUUUUUUUGUAUGAUAGAGUCCGUGGCGGAGCGAGACCUAAAAAUUAGGUGUGUUCUUUUUUCCAAAAUACAAACUAUUUCGAUUGGGGAUUUCACUUAAAGUGUACUUAAUUAAUUAUGACAAUCAAAUAACAAUUAGUAAGCUUCAGUACGGUGACAAAAUAAAUUUACUGUCACUUUAAAUCGGCGAGUUCAGUCCUUUCCAUACGUGUAUAUAGGAAUUUUAUAAUCGUUUUACCAAAACUUAUCGGUGUCCCGCGUGACAGAGCCAAACCUCUCUAGCUCCGCCACUGCUCACUCCACUUAUUAUGUUCAUUGUAUUUCGUUUUUCCAAAUUCCAACUUCAGCAACUACACGUAUUUGGUUCGUGCCUCCCAUGUUCUCAAUUUCUUUCAUCAAUAUUCCCAUUUGACCUCUUCCUUCCUAACCUUCCUCCCAAACACCCCCCAAGAAUUUCAUCCACCUAAUUUUCAAUUAACCACUCUCCCAAGAAAAAAUACAACAAUUAUCAAAAAGAAAUUAGUAAAGCUGGAGCCGCGCUUCCAACUAGAAAUACCUCAAAAUAAAUAAAUAAAAACAAUUAAUAAUCCCUCCCUGCCAGUUUUAUUUAUAAAAACAGGCCCCUCAACAUGGCUAAACGGAAAACAUGGGCAGACUGUCCUCUCUCCCUUCUUCCUCUUUCCCUCUCUCUCUCCUCUUUCAAAUUUCCUUCACCUGACUCCAAAAAAAAAUCAAAUAAUAUUACACCGCCAUCCCUCUUUCUCUCUGCCGCCACCGCCCUCCUCCCACCAAUGCGCCGCCGCCCAAUGUCUCCCCGCUCCAUCUCCUCCCUCUUCUUCCUCUGCCUCCUCAUCUCCUCCGCCUCCGCCGCCGACGAUGACGACGACUCCGAGGCCGUCCGCAUCCCGCGUUCCAUGGGAUUCGAAAACCCCCGCCUCCGCAAUGCCUACAUUGCCCUCCAAUCAUGGAAGCAGGCCAUCUACUCCGACCCCUUCAACUUCACCGCCAACUGGACCGGCCCCGCCGUCUGCUCCUACUCCGGCGUCUUCUGCGCCCCUUCAUUAACCAACCCCAAGCUCCGCGUCGUCGCCGGCAUCGACCUCAACCACGCCGACAUCGCCGGGUACCUCCCCUCCGAGCUCGGCCUCCUCACAGAUCUGGCCCUCUUCCACAUCAACUCCAAUCGGUUCUGCGGCAUCGUCCCGAAGUCGUUCCGCAAGCUCAAGCUCCUCCACGAGCUCGACAUCAGCAACAAUCGGUUCGUCGGGGAGUUCCCCACCGUCGUGAUCUCCCUCCCUUCGUUGAAGUUUCUGGAUCUGAGAUUCAACGAUUUCGAAGGCUCGGUUCCUUCCGAGCUCUUUGAUAAGCCGCUGGAUGCUCUGUUUUUGAAUGACAAUCGAUUCCGGUUCGGGAUCCCGAAGAAUCUGGGGAACUCGCCGGUUUCGGUGCUCGUUUUCGCCAACAACGACCUCGGCGGUUGUAUCCCGGGGAGUAUUGGGAAGAUGGGGAAGACGCUGAAUGAGAUUAUUCUGAUGAAUGAUAAUCUCACGGGCUGUUUGCCUGCCGAGAUCGGGAUGUUGAAGGAAGUUACGGUGUUCGAUGUGAGCUUCAAUCAUUUACAGGGCUCGUUGCCGUCGAGUAUUGGCAACAUGAGGAAGGUUCAGCAGCUCAAUGUGGCGCACAAUCAGUUCACCGGUGUUGUUCCGGCGAGUGUUUGCUCGUUGCCGAAUCUGCAGAACUUUACCUACUCGUUCAACUACUUCUCCGGUGAGGCGCCGAGCUGCGGUGCGGUUCGACGCGGCGUGGCGGUUAAUGGGACGAGGAAUUGUGUUGAUGGGAAGGCGAAUCAGAGAUCUGGUAGGGAGUGUUCGUCGGGAGCUGCGCGGCCGGUUGAUUGUAGCAAGUUUAAGUGCGGCGGAGGAGGAGGAGGAGGAAGUGGUGGUGGAAGUGGGAGCGCUAGCGGAGGGCGGAGACGGCCUCCGGUUAAUGUUCCGUCCACGCCCAAGCCUUCACCGCCGAUCGUUGGAGGAUCUCCACCGCCUCCGAAGUCUAGGUCGUCGCCUUCGUCCAGAUCGCGCUCCCCUCCGCCUCCGACGGGUUCUUUCCAUUCACCUCCGUCUUCUAGGGUCUCCCCUGUGACUCAUCUCCCACCGCCGCCCCCUCCUCCCACGCAACAGACAGCACCGCCUCCUACGGAAAAGGUUUCGCCAGGGACACGUCAUGCGCCUCCGCCGCCAUCUCCUCCUCCUCCGUCACCACCACCGCCAGUGUACUCUCCACCCCCACCGCCGCCUUCCCCACCACCCCCUCCCCCGCCAGUCUACUCUCCACCACCGCCACCGCCUUCCCCACCACCACCAGUGUACUCUCCCCCACCGCCGCCGCCAUCACCACCUCCCCCACCUCCACCGGUCUACUCUCCACCACCGCCGCCGCCUUCCCCACCUCCCCCACCACCGCCAGUUUACUCUCCACCACCGCCGCCACCCUCUCCACCCCCUCCUCCGCCGCCAGUGUACUCUUCCCCACCACCGCCACCAGUUUACUCCUCACCACCACCACCGCCGCCGGUCGAGUACCACUCGCCUCCUUACUACCAAUAUUCGUCUCCACCACCGCCACCUCAAUCCCCGCCGCCCCCGCCGCCUACUUACCAGCAAUCACCUCCACCGCCAACGGGUGAGCAUCACGCUCCCCCACCGCCAAAGCACGCUCCAGCGCCAGUUCCAUGCACAACUCCACCGCCACCGCCUCCUCCACCAUCGAAGCCCGGAUGUGAGCUCCCGCCGCCAGCACCAACAAUGUCGCCGCCGCCUACUCCCAGCUACCACUCGCCGCAAUCCCCUCCGCCGCCGCCUCCACAUCACCAAAGUCCUCCUCCGCCCCAUUACACGUAUUCGUCGCCUCCCCCUCCUCGCCACUCACCGCCGCCGCCGUCUCCGCCACCUCCUGAAAGCGUGCCUCUGCCACCGGUGAUAGGGGUAUCGUACGCUUCGCCGCCGCCUCCAUCGAUUCCGUACUACUAAGUUACUGGAGACGGGAAUCGUCGUCCUCGGGGACAUUGGAAGGCAUUUGUAUUACUGAGCUGAUAAAAACCUGAGAUUUGUCUUUUUUUUUUUUCCUUCUUCUUUUCUCUUUGAUUUGUUAUUUUGUGUUGUGGAAAAUACUACAAUUUAAUUCUUUUUUUCUUUUUUCCCAACUCUUAUUAUUGUUAAUUAUGAUUGUUGAUGAUUUAAAUUUGGCUCACCAAAUUUUAAUCCAAGAGCUUCGGUUUGUUCAAUGUUCAUGAAUCGAUUUGGAUUGGGUUUAUGGUGUAGCAAUUGCAAUAACAGCUGAUUAUGUACAAUACCAACAUGACUGAGCAGUAAAUGGUUUUUCGGAUC